AUGAGGCCAUCCGUAUAUCAAUGGCGCAAAUUCAAAGACCAGCUCCACUUCUACAUCAUGUUAGGAGUGAUUCCGCUGACAGUGAUCACCACAUACGUGAACGUGACUGUAGGACCGGCUGAGUUGACCGAAAUACCCGAUGGCUAUGAGCCCAAGCACUGGGAGUACUACAAAAGUCCAAUCUCGCGAUUCUUUGCCAAAUACGUGAUCCACGACAAGCGCAUCGAUUACGAGGGAUUCGUUUGCUAUAUGAAUGAGGAGUCAGAGAAGAUGAUUAUGAAGAAGAUCGAGAGAAUGGUCAGGGAUUUCAUGAAGUACAGGGCUGACUACAAGUCCUGGUACUACCGGCCCGUCGAUGGCUAUCACAUAAGGUUUGAACGCGAAGAGUGGAAGUAUGUGAGGGACUACUUGACCGGUCAGAAGGAUGCGGUGGCCGAAGAGAACUUCUUCACCGAUGGAGGAGAUCCCAAAUAG